UGCAUCCGCAUGGCAUGACGAAUGAACCUGCGUGCUAGCUCUCUUCUACUGGCAGUAAGCAAGCAGAGAAGCAGUCGAGGCCAAGUUUCUUCUUCCUGCCAUGGAUGUGCAUCAUCUAUCUGCUGACCUAGACACAUCCACACCCACCGAUAACAGAUAGAGAGAGAGCGCCAUGGUGGUCAGCUCAGCUCAGCUAGCUGACACCUCAUUUAACAGUUCCGUCACUCCUUGUGAUCGAUCUGCUUGUUUCUACACAUCUAGCUAGCUACUCUACUCGUGCGUCGAACCAUCAGAGCCUGCAGUGCAGGCUCUAGAGUGUUUGACCCCAAGACUCUUCCUCUAGCUGGCUAGCUACAUCGGAGUAGUUAUCCCGAUGGACGGAGAUCCGAGUAUAAAGCCACCACUCCGUUUGCCCUACUCUUCCACUCAUUCACUACUAUCACUUCCAGAAGCAACCACCACUUCCUUCUCUUUCUUGCCUUUCCUUUGUAGCCAAGCAAGUACUCUAUAAAACUUGCAGCUUGUUCAAAGCAGCAGCAGCUGCCAGCAGGAAGCAUCGACCAAUCGAUCGGCGAUCGAUAGAUCGAGCUGGUUAUUCGAUCGGCUUAUUAUGGCGGUGGAGGCGGUUCUUGAUGCGGCUGCGGCGGUGAUGCCGUCGCCGGCGCCGCCGAGAGGCAGAGGGGACGACGUCGUGGUGGUGGUGGGGGGGGCUGCAGCUGCAGCGGAUGAUCAGGUCGCCACCACGAGCGGCGGCGGCGGCACGGCGGCAGAGGAGGAGGAGGAUGUCAACGCCGUGGUGCAGCAGGAGGAGCAUGGCCACCAAGGGUUGGCGAAGCGGAAGAAGCGCUCCAGGCGCCGCCGCGACCGGGAGCAGCAGCAGCCCCCCACCCCUACCCAGACACAGGAGGAGUACCUGGCGCAGUGCCUCGUCAUGCUGGCCACCGGCCGCCGCGACCGCGACGUCCCGGCGCCCGCGCCGCCGCAGGACCACGCGUGCUCCGUCUGCGGCAAGGUGUUCCCGACGUACCAGGCGCUCGGCGGCCACAAGGCCAGCCACCGCACCAAGCCCUCGCCGGCGCCGACGACGCCUGGCGUAGGAGAUGGGGAUCACCACCACGAUGAGGAGGAGAAGAAGCCGCCCGUGCUGCCGUCCUCGUCGUCGGCUGGUUCCGCCGACACCAAGCCCGCUGCCCCGGCGGCGACGCACGAGUGCAACGUGUGCGGCAAGGCGUUCCCGACGGGGCAGGCGCUGGGCGGCCACAAGCGCCGCCACUACGACGGUACCAUCGGCAGCGCCGCCGCACCCGCGCGCGCGUCCUCCUCCUCUGCGGCCACCAGCAGCCGCAACACGGCGCCGCCGCCGGCGGUCGCCUUCGACCUCAACCUGCCGGCGCUGCCGGAGCGAUGCGCCGUGGCGGAGGACGACGAGGUGCUCAGCCCGCUCGCCUUCAAGAAGCCUCGCUUCAUGAUCAUCCCGGCUUAAUCCUUAUUAAGCUCGUCCAUCAGCUAGCAGCAAAUUAAUCGAUCUGUUCAUUGUAGAUUAAUUAGUUGAGUUGUUGUGCUUGUACCUAGCUUAUUGAAUUGUUCAUGUAGGUGCUUUUAGUUGGUGGUGAAUAGUUGUAGUAUAUAUCGUGUAUAUACAAUUAUACGUACAUAGGCACUGUUCAUUAUGUAUUCUUCAUUGUUUAGUUACGUAUAGGAGGAUAGUAGGAGUUAGGAGUAGGUAGAAGCAAGGAUCAAUUCUUUCUUUCAUUGGUUGAA